CCAGAUGUGGGCCACACUGAUGGUUGACUCACUCAUGACGCCAUGAGACCAUGAGCCAGGUGGAUGUGGUCUUGCUUCAGUUCGCGUUGGGCGCCUUUGCGCUUUUUCUGCGCUACUUCUCGAGGCCCUUUGUGGCCUGCUGCAGACGAUGCGGCAGCUGUCUUUACAGCUGCCUGUGCUGCCUGUGCAUGAGUCGUGCCAAAGAUGCCGACGAGAUCCAGCCAGCGCCAGGUGAAGUGUGCAGAGCUUGCAGUGCCGGCCGUCCAGGGCUUCUUUACCGGUGGAGGCACAGACCCUGCAGAGGUGUACACAAAAGAGCUGGAGGAGACUGCCUUCCGGUACCUGCCCUACCUGGCGCGUGCGAAGAGAGUGCUGAUUGCCUCCCAGCGUUACAUCGCCUACUCCUCGGACGUGGGGGAGUCUCUGCGCCCGGUGCUCAAAAAUUGGCAGGUGAACUUGACCUACGGCAUCGCUGGUGCCUACAUUGUUGUGGACACUGGCCUGGCGGGGUAUCGGAAGUACAAGCAGAACAGCAGCCGCGAGCACAUCGCGGGCGCGGUGGCCCACACUGCAGUCUUCCAAUCCAUCGCGUCCCUGGCGCUGCCUGCGGUGAUCAUCCACACGGUGGUCCAUCAGACCUCGCACUUCCUGGACAAGCCCCGCUUCAAGCAGCACGCGCAACUGGUGCGCUACGGGCCUUCGGUGGUGGGCCUGGGUCUCAUCCCGCUGAUGCCACU